AUGCAUGACCUCUCUCCAUUAGUUGUGUACCGUCCUCUGCGACUAUUAAACGACGGACGCAACUCAACAUUCCUCGUGGAGGUGAUCAAAGCCGAGGACUCUAAUUCACGCAGGAAUGCUUUGUGCGUCUUGAAAGUACACAAAGCAUCAUUCCCCGAUGUCUCGUACCAGCAAGAAACCGCCGCCAAUAGCCUUUUGGACAUGUCUUACACCGCUCCGCUGUUGACGGCCGCUGCAGCUUGUGAAGCAAUAUUCGCUCGGUCCCGCAGAAGGUCCAUCAAGACCGGAUACCCCCAAUGCUUUGGUAGUGUCCAGGUGCCAGUAGAGCUUCUUCGGGCGACCAUGAAAGACCACGGGUGGAUUGAGCCGAACGCUGAGAAAGAAAACUUUUACAGCGCGCUGCUAUUCGAAUACAUUCCCAAUCUAGAGCCUCUACUGCCAGAACACCUUACGCCGGCCAUCGCUGCGGAAGCGAACCGCGUUCUAAAAACAAUCCAUGCAAGUAAUAUAUGUCAUAAUGACCUAGAAAACUUCAGGAUACGCCCGGAGGUUGGCUUCUGCAACAUCUUCAUACAACAAUAUAGUAGGAACGUCUAUGUAUUGGACUUUGAUGCCGCCAGGGUAGUUGAUAACACUCCAGAAGGCAAGAAGCUACUUGAAGAAGAAGCCAACAACUUGGAUCGAUUAUUCCAAAUUAUUCUUUCAGGCGAAAAUCCACGCAAAAGAUUCCCCAGAGAAGUGCUUCGGCUAAUGGCCGAGAGGCAGAUGCAACAGCAGGGAUGA